AUCCACGGGCUAAGUCAGUAUUAAGGGUCAGGGGACAAUCUACUAUCAGGACAACCAUUGGUACAAGCUACAUGUCUAGUACUACCGGUAGGCCACGUCAAAAUAUACAUCCACUAAAAUGAUUGAAAUCGAGUCCAUGACGAGGUACGUCUCGCCGAUAAACCCAGCCGUGUUUCCACAUUUGGCUGUAGUCCUGUUAGGAAUCGGUAUAUUCUUUACCGCAUGGUUUUUCGUGUAUGAAGUAACCAGCACCAAGUUUACCAGAGACAUAUUCAAGGAAUUGCUGGUCUCCUUAGUUGCUGCAAUAUUCUCCGGAUUCGGUGUACUGUUCCUACUGCUUUGGGUCGGAAUUUAUGUUUAGUGAUGGAUCAUAACCCAUUUUGCUACACCAGACAUAUUCAAAUUUCUACAAGUUGAACAGUGACUUGCAUGUGAUUCUUGUGACUUCAAGGAACCGCGCUAUACAUCUGUAACAUUCCGUUGAACCAAAGUCAUUUUUCUAACUAUUUAUAAUAAAUAUGGUAAAAUAGAUUCGACUGUGUAUUAUGGCACAGACUCUUGACACCUCAUACAGUGUUCCUCACUUCUGUUUUUGACAAAA